AAGGGGCUGGCCGGCCAGUUUACUUGGCUGCAGCUGGCCGCCUGGAUAGGGCGCUCUUUCGGGCCUCCCCGAGAGCCUGGCGCAUUCUAUCCGGUUCGGUCAACAUGGAUUUCAGGGAAAUUCUCUUGAUAGCUUCCAAAGGGCAAGGAGUAAACAACGUACCGAAAAGAUAUAGUUUGGCAGUGGGUCCUCCCAAAAAAGACCCAAAAGUUAAGGGUGUCCAAUCAGCAGCUGUACAAGCUUUUCUCAGAAGAAAAGAAGAGGAGCUCAGACGAAAAGCCUUAGAGGAGAAAAGGAGAAAAGAAGAACUAGUGAAAAAGCGAAUUGAGCUAAAGCAUGACAAGAAAGCAAGAGCUAUGGCCAAGAGGACAAAGGACAAUUUCCAUGGUUACAAUGGGAUUCCUGUUGAGGAGAAGUCAAAGAAGAGACAGACGAUGGAAAGCCACACUAGUCAGGGAACAGACCAAGAGUAUGAGAUGGAGGAAGAGGAUGAAUUCUUAGAAUACAAUCAAGCAGCAUCAGAGCAGGAGUAUGAGGAAGAGCAAGAACCUCCCAAAGUUGAAAAAAAACCAAAGGUCCCCCUUAAAAGUGCCCCACCAGUCAUGAACUUCACUGAUCUACUCAGGCUGGCUGAGAAAAAGCAGUAUGAACCAGUGGAAAUCAAGGUAGUGAAGAAAACAGAAGAGCGACCUAUGACUGCACAAGAACUUAGGGAGCGAGAAUUUCUUGAACGAAAGCAUAGGAAAAAGAAACCUGAGGCAGAUGCAAGACUACCUCCAACCAAAAAGACACCCUCUCAGAAGGAAAGUGUGGGCACAAAACAUAGCAAAGUUUCUGGGGACAAGCAUCCUUCUUCCAAGGGUACUCCCCUUCCUCAUGCUGAGAAGAAAUCCAGAACCAGCACAGCUAGUGAGAAACACUUGGGUUUGUUUUCAUCCAAAUCCAUGCCAGGACAGAGGACCAAAGUAGGAUCUGGCAUCUGCUCCCAGCCCUUGCUUCGUGAGGACCAUGACAAGCCUGUUUUCAAUGGGGCUGGAAAGACCCACUCGAGCACCUAUUCACCUGGAGUCCCAAAGACUUCUGCUAAAGGGACUCAGAAAUCUGCUGCUGAGCACAAAGCCAAAAAAUCUCCCCCCCAUCCUAGCCAUUCCAGUCCUGGGCCCAUGGUCACCACACAUAAUAAGACGAAGAGUCCAGGUGUUAGGCAGCCAGGCAGCAGCUCCAGUUCAGCUCCUGGGCGGCCCAGCAUAGGAACUGCUCGACCUCCAGUCAGUUCUGGCCCUGUGCCCAGGCGUCUGAAUGGCAGCUCCAGCUCAGGACCUGAGCGAUCAGUCAGUGGGACCAAGAGGCCAGCCAGUGACUUAAAUCCUGGACGGACAGUCAGCGGUACAGGUGGCCCUGGAAGACCCAUCAGUGGCUCAGGUGGUUCUGGGAGAUCAGUGGGCAGUUCUGGUGGCCCUGGGAGGCCUGUGAACAGUCCGCAUGACCUUCGGCGAUCAGUGAGUGGCUCAUUGCCCCCGGGGCGGUCACUCAGUGGCCCUGGGCGAUCAGUAAGUGGUUCAGUUCCAUCUGGACGGACUGUUAGUAGUUCAGGCCCUGGAAGACCAGUGAGCAGCUUAGGACCUGAGCGAAUAAUUAAUAGCUCGGGUCCACCCCUGAAGCCUAGGUGCACUGUUGUCUCAGAAACAAUUUCUUCCAAGAAUAUCAUUAGCCGGUCCAGCAAUGGACAGAUGAAUGGAAUGAAGCCUUCCUUAUCUGGCUACAGAACUACCCAAGGUCCUCAAAGGCUUCCCUUCCCUAGUGGUUACAAAAGGCAGCGAGAAUAUGAAGAGGAAGAUGAUGACUAUGACUCUGAAAUGGAGGAUUUUAUUGAAGAUGAAGGAGAAUCUCAGGAAGAAAUAUCCAAGCACAUUCGUGAAAUUUUUGGCUACGACCGAAAAAAAUACAAAGAUGAAAGUGAUUAUGCCUUACGUUACAUGGAGAGUAGUUGGAAAGAGCAGCAGAAGGAAGAAGCAAAGAGUUUAAGACUAGGUAUGCAAGAAGACUUAGAGGAAAUGAGACGCGAGGAAGAAGAAAUGAAAUGCCGAAAGGUCAAGAAGCUGAAAAGGCGUUAGCUGCUGCUUUUAUUUUUGUGAAAUUCUGGAGACACUCUACUGCAAGGAAGUCCUGCCUUCAGACUGAAGAAGCCCCUUUAUUGUUUUAGAUUUAUACUUGGGUCCUCAAGGACAAGGAAUGUGUACUGUGUAUUUUGAGCAUAAAGUAUUUCCAAAUACUUUCCAGGGUGAAAUCUGUAAUGCAGAUGACAUAAUGCCCAGUGAGUGCUCUUAUGAAGUUAACGGUUCAGAGGUGCCAGCCUUGAUCCUGAUGAGCUAUGCACUCUAAUGUGGGGCCACUCAACAGUCAGCCAAUCUUCUAUUGUUCCUUUGCUAUUUUAUUUUUUGUUGUUUUUUGUUUUGUUUUGUUUUGUUUUGUUAAU